AUGUCAGAGGAAAAACAUGUAUUAUCCAUCCGACUUUCUCGCCCUUUUUAUUCUGAAAAUGAAAUUACUCGGAUAAUGCAGUCUCGAGACCCAAAAGAAAAUGGCUUGAAAAUGCAAGCGUUCCAUUGGAUCUCAGAAAUGAGCAGGAGUCUGAAAUUUCCGGUACGUACCAGUGGUCUUGCUAUGCUUUUAAUCAGCCGAAUUCAAUUAUUUUACUCCCUGGCAGAACUGCCGCUCAUAGAAUGUGCUACUGCAUGCUUAUUUGUUGCUUGUAAAGUAGAAGAUACAGCAAAAAAGCUUCGUGAGGUUUUGCUCAUACACUUUCAACAUAAGCAUCCUGGUUUAGAUGCUGAUUCUCAUACCCAGAUUAUUGAUGAGGUUAAACGAAAAGUAUUGGGUCUCGAAAGGAUGAUCCUGGAGUUGUUAUGUUUUGACUUUCGUGUUCGCCAUCCUCAUACUUAUGUGAUUAAAUUUGCUAAAUCAUUGAACUUCACAUCUAGCACUGCAGUUGUCGCUUGGAAUAUAUGUACUGAUGCUUACCGGACCUUUGCACCAUUGAAAUAUCCCGUCUCUGUCAUAGCAAUUGCUGCUCUUUCAAUCACAUGUAAGCUUCAAAAGCUCUCCCAACCCAUUAUUCCUAGAAAUUUCUGUGCUCCCACUUUGCUUACUGAAGGGGCAAUUGCUGACUUGCUUGACCUCUAUAUGCACUUCCAACCAUAUACAGUAUUAGGCCAAAUGUAUCCAACGGACUUACUGUUAGGGUUAUGCGUAGACUUUCAGAGAGCCCAGCGGAAUUCAUCGAGACCUCCUAAAGUUACAAAAGUAGAUGUAAAUAUCCCGUCUAUAGCAGACCUAUACACACAAUCGAACGCACAACUUUCGUCUUCCAAACAGGGAUGUACUCGGUUCUUACUUGACUGUGAUAGGAACUACUUUGAACGAGAAUACAAGAUUCGCGUAACCCAAGAUGGACUACCUGAAAAUGCAAAGACACGUUAA